AUGGCUCACAACGGCCCCAAGCUGUUGCAAACCCUCCAGCGCCGGACGUUCCUCCGCUCGCGCGACAGUGGCGUCCGUGGUUCGACCUAUGAUACACUCAAUGUCCCAAAUCUGGCUCGUAAGCGCCAUGACUACGACCGAACGCGGCUAAUUUUCCUGGCAACUGGGUCGGUAGCCGGGCUCAUCGCCAUGGGCUACACGGGCUGGCAGGUGAAGAAGGUGCUGGAAAAGAACCCGAAGAAACUGGAUGCUACCGGCACACCACAAAGCGAGCUUGCAGCGCGUAAGGUUGUUGUUCACAACAAAGAUGGCCGUGAGAUUGUGCCCACAGGCAACAGCAUCGUGACCGAGUUUCCUCGGACCGUUGAACUCCCAUUGGAGCUUAUUGGCGAGAAACCACAAUCGCCUCCUCCCGAUGCGGUGGUUGUCGUACCACAAGUAGACGACAGCGACGGACCUUGCACAGAAUAUACACUUGUUGGACUCGGCACUCGCACCGUCACAUUCUUGAAAUUUGAAGUGUACGUCGUCGGUUUCUACGUGGCCACCGCCGACAUUGCGGCGCUGCAGAACCGCCUGAUCAAACGGGUCAACCCUAUUGCCACGGCGCUAGUAUCCGGUGAAAAAAACGAGUUGCGAGCUUCGCUGCUGGAUCCCACCGACAGCCAGACCUUGUGGGACGUCAUGCUCGAGGAGGGUGUUCCCACACGGUCACUGUUCCGCAUUGUCCCUGUACGGGACACCGAUUUCCCUCACUUGCGGGACGGAUUUCAGCGGGCCAUCAAGAGCCAGGCGCCCCGUAUCCUAGAUAAGGAGAAGCAGGAGGCGGGAGCGAGUAAUGAUACCGCCCCAGACUUUGGCGAAUCCAUGCGAGAGUUCCGCCACAUUUUCAACCGCGGCAAGGCGAAAAAGGGACGGGAGCUCAUGCUAGUGCGCGGUUCCGAUGGAGAGCUCAGUGUCAUCUUCGAUGAUGGCAGGUCCAUGGGUCGGCAGCUUCUAGGCACCGUUGGCGAUGAGCGGUUGUCACGGGCACUGUGGUUGAACUAUCUGGGUGGUGCGAAUGUGGCCAGCGAGGCAGCGCGCCAAAGCAUCGCGAACGGCAUGAUCGAGUUUGUUGAGCGGCCGAUCGGGACCGUGGCUGCACAAGUUAUAUAG